AUGGGUGGCACGACAUACCUUGAGUUCGUCAGGUUUCGAGCCAAGGCCAACCCCUGCAUUUCUGGCCUCUAUGAACACCUCCAGCGUGAAUCUCGCGCCGCAAGCAGGGUUGUGUACCUCGAUUAUCGCCACAAUGAGCCAUCUCAGCUUGAGCCAGAGCCCGUUUCCGCGAUGGAAGACGACCUUGUCUACCUCGUUGAAGGAGUCACGCCCUCCACGACACGCUUCCUUUUCGUUGAGAAUAUUACUUCCACCAUGGUCAGCCUGCUGGGCGAGGCUCUCGACAUCGAUCCUCUCUUCUUUGCUGACUACGUCAAUUCUCGUUUCGACAGUAUCCGGAAAGCGGCGGCCCCGCCUUCGUAUGCGACUUUACCGUCGCUCAUUGGGAAAAGAAAUCACAUCCAUCUUCAUCACUACCAGUUUGUGGCUUUGGGCGGCAGCGAUGGCUCUAAUGUCCCAUACGCAUUGACAACAGGCUCCAAUGUUCCUCGGAACGUCCGGCGACUGGCACCAAUAUCAGGCAGACAGCUUGCCCUCGCUCGGGCAUGUUGCUCCUUCAUUAUCAAGCCCGUCAAGACGUCCCAAAUCUGUCUGUUCCUCGUAGAUCCGCCCAUUACCUCUGUCGAAGCCCUGCAUACGGAACCAAACAGCGCUGGCGGCGGCGCAGCAAAAGAGGACAACAACGACUUGAUCUACUAG